CUGCCAGGGUCAGACGAAUGAUCUCAGCUCGCCCUCGAGCGUCGAAGUAGUACAGCUUGGUGGCCAUGUUGGAUCUGUGGCGGGUGUUGUUGCAAGACAAGGCUUCUGUCGCCGAGUAGUGCCAACCGAGGAGGACAUUACCAUGGCUGACAUCAAACUUUACUAUUUCGAUGCCAGAGGAGUGGCAGAAGUCUCACGCUUGGUGCUAGCGUUCGCUAAACAACCGUACGAGGACAUCAGAUGGUCUAUGGAUGACUGGCCAAAAUAUAAGAAAGAAUCACCUUUCGGCCAGUCGCCGUGGAUCGAGUACAAGGGAGAGAAACGCAGCCAAAGUAUUGGCAUAUCAAUUUUCCUGGCACAGAAAUUUGGUCUGUACGGCAAGACCCACCUGGAGGCGCUGCGUAUCGACGAGGUCGUCUACCUGGUGCGCGAUGUUCGUCUCGUCUGGGCGCAGGUGGACCAAGAGAAGAACCCCACGAAGAAGGCUGAACUGGAGACAAAGUUCGAGGAGCAGGACUUGCCAAAAUUUCUGGACACUUUGUUAAAUUGUUGGAAGAAAACGCAACAGCGUUUUUAUAGGAAAUGAAUUGACCCUGGCGGACAUUUACGUCUACGACCUGGUGUAUCAACUGAAGAAGGUCAGGAACUAUGAUGCACUUACCAAGUUUCCUACCCUGGGGUCACUCAAGUCAAAGGUCGAGGGCAAUCCUGACAUUGCCAAGUACCUUUCAACACGCAAGGAUACCCCUAGAUAGGCUAACAAGUCUUUCUUAGCUUAUCACACUGCCAGAGCUUCAUAGUUAGAAAUAAUUGGCUGGAUGGUCAAUUUGAUUAUAAUUUUUCCAUGUAGUGGUGAUUUUACACUGUAAGAAGAAGGCGGGCUUAAAAAGGGGAAGGAAAACAGAUCCCUCCCAUCACCAUUUAUAUUUAGACAUUUUAGAAUCUUGUGUAUAAUAUUACAUAUAUUUUAGUUUUAUUGUUAUGGAAAAUCUUUUUUUUUGUUGUUCAAAAUUUAUUUACGCCAAUGAGUUUAUUCAAAAUACUUUUCUUAAAUAUUUAACCGAAGUUUUUUUUAAAAAAAUGUGCUUUACAGUCAUUAAAAGAUUUUGUUUACAGAAUCAUGAUUUCAACUGGAAAAUAAACAUUUAGUACAGUUUUCUUGCUGGCAGCUUACAUGCUUUAUGAAAAUGUGUUUCUUAGGAUGUGUUUGCAAAUGUUUUAUAAAUGAAGAUAAGUUUACAGUAUGCAUACAAAGAUGUAACAUGCUAUCACGUGUGUUUCACAACCAUCUUUUUAAUUCUUACAAAACUUGUCUGUAAAAAUUCGGCUCCAAAUGUUGUUUGUUUACGGCAACACUCGUUUGACCGAACUGAAUACUGUGUUUAUGUCAGGUGACACGGACAGGUCAACUAGGUGAAUGCCGCAGCAUCUAGUUAACUAAUCUGGAUGACUCAUAAAUAUAUGUAAGAAAAUAACAGAGAUAAUUAUAUCAAUCAUAUUUGAAAUAAAGACAUAAUGUAUUUGCAUGCGAUUACAUAUCUUAAAAGCUGUGUUUUACAAUUUUGAAGACAAGAGUAUGCUAUUAUAAUAAACAUUCUAUUAGUUCAGUGUCUCGGGAGAAUUUUUC